UGUCGGUGUGUCGUCUGUGAUUAUUGUUUAUUUGAUGAGUCUGGUUUGAAAUGUUUACGGUUUUGCCCAGCACAUGAUAUUUCGCCGUUCAUCCGAAAUGUGUGUAUGAAACAAGUUUCAGUUUGAUCUCGGAGGAUAGCAUUUUCAUGCGUAAUACUCUUCACAGAGACUUUAAACUAAGUUAAAGUUCAAGGAAAGUCUAACCCUUGUACGACCCGCAGUCAUCAAGUUAAAAUCGUUAAUUAUGCCUCCCAAAAAUAAAAUGACCACCAAGGUGUGUCCUGACUGCGACACACCUUGUGCAGUUGCUUGCAAAACAUGUAGCUGUGGUUAUUCAUUUUACCACUCAAAGCGUAGUGAUGGACCGUCAUCUACUGCCACUUCAGCUGAUCAACCAGAACAGGAUGGCGUACGACAAAGAAGAACGCAGAGAAUUAAAGAGAAACCCAACUAUUAUGAUGCUACUGAAUUUAUGAAAGAGAAACGCAAACGUCGACGGAGGAAUGAUGACCAGUAUGAACUGCGUAGAGGAAAAGAGCCAGCAAAUCCUACUGGUGCAUUGCAAAGACGUAAGAAGCGAAAGGGAGUAAAAGGUACCCAAAAGGAAGAGGAGGAAGAAGAGGAAGUUCUUCCCAUUGGCAUCUCACCAGCAAAGACUGCGCAGUGUGAAGUUAUACUUGCUGAUUUAAAUAGGAGAAUACAAUCAACAGCUGUUAGAAUACGAUAAAAAUAUGAAAUCUAUAGAAUUUUUAUAAUUUUAUAUCUACCCUAGUUUUAAUGACAACUAUUUUAAAAUAGCUUUGAAAUGUGUAUUGUUUUAUGUGUGUUUUCAAAUUUCUUGGGAAAUUUUUGUGUAAGCUAGUUACUGUAAUAAAAAGUAGGUUUAAUAAAUUAUUUGUUUAAAACAAGCAAGUAUUCUUUACAUAUAAA